CCUGUCUACAUAUAUAUAGCUAGCUGUAGCUUCGUUUCCCAAAGCCAUUUCCUCCACCAUGUCCUCAUACAUCGCGUCGUUCGAGCCCGGAGAGGCCGUGGCCCCGUGCUGCAGCACAACCACGCUGCUCAGCGCGUUGGCGGCAUCCGUCGCCUGCUGCUUCUUCCUCGUCGUCAUCUUCCUCUGCCUGCGCUUCCUCCACCUUCGCCGCACCAGGACGCGGCACCACGGCGCACAGCCCCUGCAAGGGCAGGGCCAGGCCCAGCAGCCCAAGCACGGCCUCGACGCCGCCACCAUCGCGCUCUUCCCGUCUUUCCCGUACCGGCGGGACCGCUCGGCGUCGGCGCCGGACGAGUGCGCCGUGUGCCUCAGGGUCGUCGACGAGGGGGAGACGGUGAGGCAGCUCCCGAGCUGCAAGCACCUGUUCCAUCAGGAGUGCGUCGACGUGUGGCUCCUGUCCAACGCGUCGUGCCCGGUCUGCCGUGGGAAGGUCGAGCGGGCCGCGGGCGCCGAUCAGCGCGAGAGAGCCGCGGCAUCAGCGGCCGUCGUGCCAAUCGAGAUGAUGGACGAUGAAACGCUGUCUCCAUCGCCGUCGACGUCGUUAGAGCCGUCCGCGCCGGAGCGGCCGGGCUGGUUUGGCGGGCGAGCCUCCGGCUCCCGCUCCGGCCAGGAAACGGACUUGGAGCGGCAAUAGCAGUCAUUUUCCAGGGAGUCCGGGACUCCUGUAUAUGAUCGCACGAUCUGUUGAAGUAGGUAGCAACAGGUUCGUCAUUCGUAUAUGCAGAGAGCUUGUUGGCAGCACACAUUUUAUUCGGUUGUUGUAAACGAUCAGUAUUGCGACCCUAACUUGCAUGGGCGCUUAUUCAUUUUAUUUUGCUAUGUGUUAUUUGGCUUCACAAAUGACUAAAUGAGUAAG